AUGAGGUCGCCAUACCUCCUUGCAGGCAUUUUCGCUGCGGUUUCCCAAGCAGCACCUACUGUCGACGAGAAAUACUCGUACAAUGGACCCAAAGUUCCCAUUGGCGAUUGGGUCGACCAUACGAUUAGUGGCAACGGCGAAGGAUUCCUUCGUCUAGUCGAGCCCCCGGCCGUGCAACCUGCCUCAGAGCAUCCUACCAACAACGUCAAUGUCAUUUCACUGUCAUAUAUACCUGCUCAGCCUGGAAGGGACACUGUUGGUAUCAAUAUUCACUACCAAACGCCAUUUGGCCUUGGUCGCGCACCCUCUGUUCACUGGGGAACUAGUCAUUCUGCUUUGAACAAUGCCGCUACCGGCUUGACCGUAACAUACGACCGCACUCCUCCCUGUUCUCACGUUGCCAUUACGCAAUGCAGUCAAUUCUUUCACAACGUUCAGAUAGAACAACUUCAACCCGGUACAACCUACUUCUACCAAAUCCCUGCUGCGAAUGGUACAACCCCGUCUGCUGUUUUAAGCUUCACAACAGCCCAAGCUACAGGCAACCCGUCUCGAUUCAGUAUCGCUAUCAAUAAUGAUAUGGGGUAUACGAAUGCUAAUGGAACUUACAAGUACAUGAAUCAAACCAUGUAUGAAGAGGAAGGCCUGGCUUUUGUUUGGCACGGUGGGGAUCUCAGCUACGCGGAUGAUUGGUACUCUGGUAUCAUACAGUGCAAUGCAUCAGUUUGGCCUGUCUGCUACAACGGCAGCUUCAGUUCCCUUCCCAAUAACGAUACCAAUCCCGAUUAUUUCAAGACGCCUCUCCCAGAAAAUGAGAUUCCAAAUCAAGGCAGCCCUCGCGGUGGUGAUGUGGGUGUCCUCUACGAAUCCAACUGGGACCUUUGGCAGCAGUGGAUGAACACCAUCACUAUGAAGAUCCCCUACAUUGUUCUCCCGGGCAAUCAUGAGGCCACGUGUGCCGACCACGAUAACACUCCAUAUGUCCUUUCAUCAUAUCUCAACGAGAACAAAACAAACACCACCAUGUCAGCCGAUAAUCCCAACGCCACCCUCACAUAUUAUUCAUGUCCGCCCUCACAGCGCAAUUUCACAGCUUUCCAGAACCGCUUCUUCAUGGCAGGCGACAAGUCCGGAGGCGUCGGGAAUUUCUGGCAUUCAUUCGACUACGGCCUCGUUCAUUUCGUAUCUAUCGAUACGGAAACGGAUUACCCUCACAGCCCGGACAAGACAUUCCGGGAAGAUAUCAAGAAGGCGAAGGAGGAGGAAGAUUGCAAAGGAAAGGAUAAGGAUUCGCCCAAGUGCAAGCCCGAGGAGGAAGAUGGGGAUACAUAUAAGUGCAUUCCGCUCAAGCCAGGUGAUGACUUUGAGACAGAUGCUUUGGAGGAAGAGGCAUAUCUUCUGUCAGGGAAAGCUCAUCCUUUGCGCAACGAGACGCACAUCACUGAUGCUGGUCCUUUUGGAUACAUUGAUGGUUCCAUCCAGGAAAAGAAGGCUUAUCAGCAAUAUCACUGGUUGAAAGAGGAUCUGAGAAAUGUUGAUCGGUGUAAAACACCCUGGGUUAUUGUCAUGGGCCACCGUCCUAUGUACAGCUCCCACGGCGGUAACUAUCAUCUGCACCUUCGCGAGGCGUUCGAGAUGUUGUUCCUGAAGCACAAGGUUGAUCUCUACAUUGCUGGACACGUUCAUUGGUAUGAGCGUCUCAAGCCCAUACGAAAUUGCACCGUCGACACUCCCUCGGUUAUAAACGAGAAUACCUACGAGGUAAACCCUGGAUAUUCGAUGGUUCAUCUCAUCAACGGCGCUGCUGGCAACAUCGAAAGCCACUCUACCAUUAACAUGUCCCUGCCUUUACCCGACAUAACAGCUCACCGUAACUUGACCAGUUUCGGCUUUUCCAAGUUGACCGUUUAUAACGCAACAACUCUUUCUUGGAAGUUCAUUCAAGGCCACGAUGGACUGGUCGGUGAUGAAGUCACUGUGCUGAAGGAUCCGUCUUUGACUUGCGAGGGCUACAGUUCUCACAGUUCAUCUGGCUCCUCAGGCUCGUCCUGCUCCUCUGAAUGCUCUGGAUCUGGCUUGUUGGCCUGGCUCUACUGCAAUCUCUAUUGUUCCAGCUUCUGGGAACCACUCAAGCCUUAA